AUGCCUGUCCGGAGCGCUGGAAUGAUUAGUGCUCAGACACGCACACAGUCCGACGAACAACUUGAACAGCCUGCUCAGUCUGCAGCUUCCACCACACAUACCACAAUCAGGAGCAAAGGAUCUAUCCUCGACCAUCAAGGCCCUCGUGGUGGCCACCCACCCAGGCCAUGGGCCACUGGAGCAACCGCAACGGAAAUAGCCGAGACGCCAACGGCAACGGCAACGACAGCUCAAAGUAGCACAAGCGUGAUGAACCCUGAUUCGUUAACUUGUAGCGGCAUGCGAUAUCCAUCGUCGUCUUUGCCGCACCGCUCCAUUGACCCAGACUCUCUGGCAGCCUCCGAUAGCCGUCUCAGUGAUCUCCUGCAACGAGUGCAAAGACUAGAGAACUCCAGCUCGACCAUGGGCCGGACCGGCGACAGUGUCGACAGCCUAGCUAGCUCUCUUCCGACUCGGUCGCAGACUAGCUGGGAGGAUUCUCUUGCACGCAAUGCUCAUUCGCGUUUUCAGGUCCGGCCGCCAGAAUGGCAGGUCGUCUUGAACAAGCCAAGGGAUCUUGGCAGGAAUGGGCGGAUGGGAGAAGCCCCGGACUUUGCUGCUAUCAUCUCAUGCUACAGUGCCAUUGUGGGCAAAGAGAGCCAGAAGUUUCCAGCCCAUGAACCCGAAAUCGCGGCCCAGUAUGCCGAGGCGGGUGAGUUGAUGCUCAAGUGCAAGAAUAUAGCCAGGAGGCUCAAGAUGGACCGGCCAAGCAGAGACCUUCCACCGGUGUCCCCUGAUCCGGGAUUCCGCCUUCAUCUCGUCCCUUCCUCCCGCGCGGUGGCUGAUGCCAUGGCCAAACUCUACUUUCAAUGCUUUGAGUCAACACAUCGUAUCCUUCACGUCCCUACCUUUUGGGCCGACUAUCAGAGAUAUUGGGACCAUCCUGAGGCUGUCACAAAUCAACUUCGCUUCAAGGUCCUCCUCGUCAUUGCCAUAGGGUCAAGUUUGUACGACCAUGGAGACAGCAACACGGCACUUCGGAAUAUGGAAAUGGUUCGGCCAUGGAUAUAUGCUGCCGAAGCCUGGCUGGCGGGCCCAUUGGAGAAGGACCGCCUGGACAUUGGCGGGCUCCAGAUUUACUGUUUGAGCAUCAUAGCGAGACAGAUCUUCUCCGUCGGCGGGGACUUGGUGUGGAUAUCGAUGGGGUCGCUCAUUCACAGGGCUAUGCAGAUAGGCCUCCAUCGAGACCCUAAACAUCUCCCAUCCGUUCCGUUGUUGCAGUCUGAACUCCGUCGCAGACUCUGGGCCACCAUUCUCGACCUAGUCGUGCAGGCUUCUCUGGACGCGUGGAUGCCACCCAGGAUCUCCUUCGACGAGUUCGACACCGAGCCACCUUCCAAUGUCAAUGAUGAUGAGAUGGACGAGUCCACCCUGGAAAUCAUGCCUCACCCCAGGACUACCUUCACUACGACCUCCACCCAGCUCGCGCUGCUCGACUCGCUCCCAGUCCGUCUCCGCAUCGUCCAGCUUCUCAACGGUCCACACUCUGAGCCAUCCUACUCGGGCGUGCUUGCCAUCAGCUCCGAAUUGACCGAAGCACUGCAGAAAUGCAGUAGCCUAGGCAUGAUGAAGGCCAAGGACCAGGACCAGGGUCCGAGUCACACCAUGAACCACGACCAGGAGGCCAUGCCAUGCCCGACACCCUUCCACCGCAGCCUCCUUGACUAUCUCGUCCGCCGAUUCAUGAUCCCUCUGCACUACUUCUUCAGCAACCAGGCGCGGUCCAAUCCGCUGUUCCACUACUCCCUCAAGCUCAGCCUCGACGCUGCCCUCGCCCUCAUCUCGCCGGAGCCCGACCCGGACGGCACCUUCUCCCGGCUGAUGGCCACGGGCGGCGGGCUGUUCCGUGAGGGUCUCCGCUGCGCCAUCACCGCCAUCAGCCUCGAGCUUCUCGCGCACGUCGGCGCGCAGCAGCAGAACGGCACACUGCACCGCGCUCCGCAGCAUCGCGAGCUGAUCAAGGGCGCGGUGCGCGAUCUCAUCGCCCUGUCGGAGGAGCGGAUCCGGCAUGGUGAGACGAACGUCAAGAGCCACAUGUUUCUGAGCAUGAGUCUGGCGCAGGUCGAGGCAGUCGAGGCAGGCGUCGACAUCAAGUUGCCCAUCGCGAGGAGUGCGACGGAGAGCCUGCGGUUCUGCCAUGAGAUUUUGAGUGCAAGGGCCGAAGCCAGCUUGCCCGUCGAGGAGUCGGAAUUUGUUGGUGCUGUGGAGGGCAUGGACGGCGCAACACCUGGCAGCAUGGGGUUUGAGGAUUAUGGUAUGGAUUGGGAUUGGGAGUCUUUCUUGCCCAAUGCUGGCUUUUCCUAG